AUGCCCGGAAUUCGGCUCGUCUCACCAAAGCUAUCGGCUGCUCUGGUCUCUCGCGCUUCUCGAACGUCUAUCUUUCCGACACAGCCAAUCACACAACCAGCAGCUAUCAAUAUCCCUGGAGGCACUCGAAACAAAUCCAUUUCAAAACCAUGGGAAGGAUCUCAACCUGAGGAGCAUACCAUCAAGCGGGCUAAGGAGGGCGAAGCUGAGGACCCGGCCACAGCUGGAGCGUCUUCGGGUAUGAAGGAAAGGGAAGUGAAUGAAGGGGUCGCCGACUCUACCAAAUCGCAAGGGAUGACGGAGAGAGGCGGUCGCAAGCAUAGUAAAAAGGCCAAAAAGGAACACCCAGCAGCCCCGGAACCGAUCAUUGGGAUGAAUGAUGAACGGGCGGAGAAAGGCCACUAG